AUGAUGGGGGCGGCGGAUGGAGUGAUGCGCCAGGAAAGGCGGUGGAGCGCAGUGAUGAUGAGCGGCGGGUGGAUGGUCCACGAGGGCGGGGUGACGGACUACCCCCGUACUUCAUGGACAUGCAGGCAGAGAGACGUCAGUCGCCGCAAGGGGAGAGUGCCCUGCAUCCAUCGCAGAAUGUCUACAGCGCUGUGGCUUCAUCUACAGGACUGCCACUGUGUUCCCUCACUGCAACGUGUGCGCGUAGCAGGUCCACGCAAACCACCCCGAGGCUACCUUCGACGCCACAAUGCCACUGCGUGGCGAUCGGUGAAGGUGGUGCGCCGACUGAUAUGUAAUUUAUCUGGAGCUAGGUUUGAUAUUGCGUUUCGAGAGAAGUGCUGCUCGAAAGUUCACAAUGUGAAACAAAA